CCGCGGCGAUCGCGCUCCCGGUGCUGGCUAGCGUGGGGCCGGUGGCGGCGGCGUGGGGAUGCUUGCAGGCCGGGCCCUGCCGGGCGCUGCGGGCUGCCGCCGCCUUCUAGCGGCGGGGCUGCGGCCGCCGCUGUGCGGGCUGCCGAUGUGCUGGGUGGCAGCGAGGCGGGCGGCGGGGCAGUGGCCGAGCCCAGGCCUGCAGGUGCCGGAGGCGGCGGAGGCGGAACGGCUGGUCCAGGAGAUGCAGGGGCCGGCCGUGCCGCUCCGCCGCUUCAUCGCCUGCCCGCAGCUGGCGCGCACCGUGCAGCGCUGCCUGCAGGGAGGAGCCAGUCCCGGCCCCCAGCCCGUCCUGCUCGAGUGUGCCCCAGGUCCUGGAAUCUUGACUCGGACUCUGCUCAAUGAAGGUGUUAGGGUGGUAGCUCUAGAAAGUAACUCAGCUUUUCUUCCAAACUUACAGUCCCUAGAGAAUAGCCUGGAUGGACAAUUAAAGGUAAUUUAUGGUGACUUCUUCAAACUGGAUCCUAUGGGGAGUGGAAUAGUGAAACCACCUGCUAUGUCUUCUGAGAAGCUUUUUGAAACCAUGGGUGUAGCAGCAGUUCCUUGGAGGGCAGAUGUACCUGUGAAAAUUUUUGGAAUCUUACCACACAGAAAGGAAAGGAACACACUUUGGAGGCUCAUUUUUGCCCUUUAUGAAUGCAAUUCUAUAUACAGAUAUGGAAGAAUAGAACUCAACUUCUUUAUCAGUGAAAAAGAGUACAAGGUAUUAACAGCAAAGCCUGAGGAUGCAAGGGCUUACCAAGCACUUACUGUGCUUUGGCAAGUAGGAUGUGAAAUUCAGCUACUGCACAUGGAACCUUGGUCAUCCUUUGUAACUAAUUUGAAAACCAGAGGACGGGCAGUACCAAAAGCCACGUGGCUGCCAAAUGACCAUUUAUGUUUGGUACGACUGACUCCUCAGCAAAAUCUGUUCACAGGAAGCUUACAGCCCGCGAAUUCGCUUACCUUUAUUUUCGUGGUGAAACAGUGUCUUGCUAAACCUAAGUCUAGGCUUAUUGAUAGAUUAAAUUCAUGGAGCUUGGACGUGGGUAGUGAAUUGCUGAAAGAGCUAGAAAUUCCCCAAACUGCUAAGACACGUGACUUGUACCCAGAAGACUACAGGCGUCUUUUUGAGGCUUUGCAAACCUCUGACAUGUUUACUGAAACCUGGUUCCAAGAUGAAGUCUUGGAAACUAUAAGGAACAUAUAAAGCUGCUGUCUUUUGGAAGAGCGUCUUUGCUUCUGGAAGAUUACUUUGAUGAGUAAAGAUUUAAACGUGGGAAAUGCUGUUAGCUAGAUGAUUUCCUGUCCAAAGGGGAAAUUAAAUUUAGCAAGUAACGAGAGCCCUUCCACACAGAUGAAAGUAACUGAUUCAGUUAUUUGAUCACAGUCCUAUCUAGAUUGGGCAAACUACUUCUUUUUCAGGAGCUUACUAUCAACCCUGCUGCUUUUGGAUGUACCACUUAAAUGGAACUUUUUGUUACACUGCUGUAUUUUUAUAUUUGAAAAGAAAGGCAACAGACCAAAUAUCGUUUGUGUGGGUUGUAUUUUAGUGCUGUGACUUACUUGAAUGCUUUUUUUUACAAUCACUGCAUGAGUUAUAUUGUGUCCUGAUCUAAAAACCUUGCAGUCUAAAAUCAAUACUAAUAAUUGUGGUGGGUUAGCAGAAGAUAAGGUAAUGACAGCAUGAUAAAACAUCAACUCAGAGCAUUGGUGUGGUGGAGGGUUUUUUGUUUGUUGUUUUUAACUGAGUAUUGCUGUAUCUCAGGGUAAAAAAAGUUGUAAGAGUUCUUUUGAAAUUUUAAAGACAACACUGGGCAGCCUGUUCUACCUUACAAUACAUGAACAGCUGUAGGCAUAGCUUUAUCUUCUUUUAGGUCUAAACCCAUGGUCACCAGAACAUUCAGUGUUGUUUUUUGGGGAAAAAAAUUUACCUGCAACCUUUGUCAGUAUGUAUUUGUUUAAUGUGUAUUAUAUGUACAAAAAUAACUCACUUAAAAACACAAUGCUAUUAAAAUUCCUUUUUUAGCCAUAAUA